CAUCGACGCACUCGGCAGCUCCUCUGGCGCUGCCUGGCGCUGGAACCAGGAAGGCGCUGAGCUUAAACUGAAGCAAGUUCUGGGGACACCGGUGGCGCCGUGGUUUGAAGACAGGGUUCCAGGUCCCCGCGUCCGGAGAGAUGGGGCGCCGGUCAUCAGACACUGAGGAAGAAAGCAGAAGCAAGAGAAAAAAGAAACACCGGAGACGCUCCUCUUCAAGCAGUUCUUCAGACAGCAGGACGUACAGCCGUAAGAAGGGCGGGAGGCGGCCAAGGUCCGAGUCCAGGUCCUGGUCUAGAGACCGUCAGCCUCGCUCCCAUUCUUAUGAGAGAAGACGCAGGCACAGGUCAAGCAGCAGCUCUUCCUAUGGCUCCCGAAGAAAACGAAGCCGAAGUCGGUCCAGGGGUCGAGGGAAGUCCUAUAGAGUUCAGCGGUCUCGGUCCAAAAGCAGAACAAGAAGGUAUGCCUGUUGGUACUUACUGCUUUUAACAGACUUUCUAGACCAGUGCCACACAGCAGCAGUAGAAGGCAAUUCAGCUUUUCUCGGUGGAGACUGCUCAUGCAGUUGUCAUUAUAUGAUGACUUUAUUGGAACUGCAUGGCUCAGUGUAACCUCACUGAUACAUG